AUGAAGGACGUUAAAAAUAAAGUAGAAUUAGUGCUGUGUUAUAUUUUAAAGACGUUGGUUGUGGAUGAUGCUUCAGUUUUUGUUGCGGAAGAGAACAGACUGCCAAAUAUGGUAACAGCCACCAUAACAAAAGAAGGAGAGAAAUAUAAGAUUAUUGUAACUGAGAUUGCACCCAGUCAUGGAUAUAUGAUGAACAUAUUCCAUGAUGGAGAAAGUCAAGGAAUAGAAUCCUUCAUUGUCGAUUAUGGUUCUGAUUUGCAGAUAAAAGAAAAUGAUCUAAAGUUUCCUCUCGAUUUUCAAGAAUAUUGUAAAAAGAAUGAUACUUCUAAAGCAUGUGGUAUGAUAUACCAAAAGUUCAGCAACAAGAAACUCGUCAUGAAAGCUCCUAAGGAAGUAAGAUCCACAGAGAUAUCUGAGAUACGGAGUAGUAUGGGAAUGUCACCUCCAGUGGUAAAUCCCUCUCAUGUUAAAAGCAAUCCAAACGAUAUGCCCAAGUUUGAUGAUGAGUAUGAAGUUGGAACUGAUGGCAGAUUGGGACCUAUAGAUAGAUAUCCAGGCUUAAACUUACCAGAGAAACACCCAAGUAACUAUGGAAACCCAGAUUUAUAUCCAAUGGGACAAAGGGAUCCUUUCAACUUCAAUGAUAUUAAUACCCGUGGUGGAAUGACAUUUGAUCCAUUUGGAACAAAUAAUCAGAGUAAUAUGCAAGGUGACAAAAACGAACAAGCUAGAAGAGGACCUGGCUGGAUUCCUGGAUCAAGGUACGACGACCCAUUUGGUAAGAGAAACGAUGAUAUGAAUCCCGGAUCCGGUGCGGGAUUCGGAUCUGGUUUGGGACCUGGGUCUGGUUCUGGGUCAGGAUUGGGAUUUGGUGGAGGUAUGUUCAUGUAG